AUGGAGAGUGCAGCAGCAAUCGGAAAUGCAGUUUGCAAUGUACUACACGUCUUUCGUGAGGCAAACCUGGUGCUAUUUCAAUGUUCGAUUCAGUUGUCCCAAGUUGCAAUUCACCUAACUGACAAGGUCAGCAACGUUUAUUAAUAAAAUAAAACACGAAAGAAGCUAAAUUACAUAGCAUUUGUAAAACGUGGUGCACAUUGGAUAUCCCAAACGACGCCCUCUCUCUAAAAUAAUUAUGAAUACUACUUACAAACACAUUUUAUGCAUUGCUGCAUGAUAUUAUGAAUGUUGUGUUUUCUAUAUUUAAGAGGUGGGACUUCGUUAUCUCAGCAGGUACUUUUGAUAUACACUAAUGCUCCUGCAUUUAGUUCUAAAACGCAUACCUGCACGGGCUACCGUCGGUUAUUUAUAUGGCAGUUCCAAGUCGCAAACACUCCGCCUGACCAAUCUUCGAUUCCCAAAUCUGUCGCAACUCGUUCAUUAUGCGAUGACAAGGCGUCACGAAUACAACUCAGAAUUUUGGGGUGAAGAUGUCAUUUCCAAUUUGGAGCUUUAUGCUAACGCAGCAUUCCACAGAAGAAAAACGCUUUCCUGUAUAUUGGAAUAA